AAUGGAUAACCGAUUAGAGAGAAAUGUCAAUAAACUCAUGGAUCGUUAUAAGAAAACAAGUCAGUAGAUCGACUAGAUCAUGUAGUAUGAACCCACUCCUCAAUAACCUGUCACAUAUUUUAUCGGCAGAUCUAGGCCAAGCAAACUCAAUGAUGAUGAGUAAUUCUUCUAUCUAAAACUCCUAGCGAUGAUUCUUCCAGAGAAAGACGUAGGCAAAGUGGCUCCUUGGAGUAAAUAAGUAGAUUGAGGGAUACCUUGAAUGCUAAGGAUUUGUAGGAAAAAGAAAAAUAUGAAAGAAUAAGAAUAUUAAAUAAGGAGUUAAAAGUACAAUUCUUAAUAAGCUACAAUAGAUUACACUUAAGGAAUACAUGACUGUUAAUAAAGAGUUGGAAGGUAAGUUAGCAGUUAAGGAUAAAUAAAUUAGAGCAUUGGAAUAAGAAAAUAGAUAAUUAAUGGAUUCUAUUAAUAAGGGUGAUGCUAAUACAAAAGAAGUCAAGAUCAAAGCAGAGACGUCUGAAAAAUUGAUUGAAGAAUUACAAUAGCAAAAUCACAUAUUAAAAUAAAAAUUAGGAGAUAAGAAAUAAAAAUUAACUGCUUUGAGGGAUUAGUUAAAAUAAGCAGAGACAGUUUAUGAAGAAUAAGGUUAAAAUUUUGGGAGAGAACUUGAACGAGUGUAAAAAUUAUGUGAAGAUUUUUCAAAUGAAAUGUAAUCAUAUUUAUUAGAAGUAGAAAAAAUCAAGAAGAAUAAAAUAAGGAGUUGGAGGAACAAUUAGGAUAAUAAAGAGAUGAAUUAAUUAAUAGGGAUGAGCAAAUUCGAUAUUUUGAACAAAUGUAUUAGGACAUUCGAUACAGAGACGCUGAUUAACAAUCUUAGAUAGAAUAUCUAAAUUAAUAGGCUAAUUACUAUAAGUAAUAGUUAGAUUAAGCUACUUAUAAAUAAGAUGAGGCUUAUGCAUAAUUAGCUAAAGUUGAGAAGCAGUAGCAAGCAUUUUUAUAGAAUUAAGAAUCAGAAAUUGAAAAGAGGGUUGCUAAUUUCAAAGAUUAACUUGAAAAAAAGAAAUAAAAAAUUAAUGAAUAAAAAUAAUCAAUUGAUAAUUUAAAUUAAAAAAUCAUUGAUUUUUAGAGAUUGCUUGAUAAUGAAGAUAAGAAUCAUUAGAUUCAACUUUAAGAUUAUCAGAAAUUACAGUAGAUCAAUACUGAACUCAAAUCUGUUGUUGAUAAUUAGUAAAACAAAUUGUUAACAGCAGAGAAUAGAAUCUAAAGUCUCGUACUUGAAAUUUAAGAUUAGAAGUCAGUGUUAUAGACAAAGAAACAAAAGAUUGAAGAAUUUGAAUUAUAAUCUCGACAAGAUUUUCGUACAAUAGAAUAGGUAUUCUAAAAAUAUAAUAUUUUAGCUUAAAAAUUAAGUUCUUCAUUUAUAGGAACAAUUAACAAAAACUUAACAGUAUAAUAGAGAUUUAGAAAAUGAUAUCUAAUUGACAAAACAUGAGAAUGAUAAAACAAUGGAUGAAAUUGAAAUUAAAAUUGAUCAUCUUGUUAAAUAGUUGGCUUAAAGUAAGGAGGAGGUUAAGGAAUACAAGAAUAGGGAGAACGAUUUUAAACAAAAAAUAAAAUCAUAGGAAGAGGAAAUUCUCAAGCACGCUUAGAAAUCAGCUAAAUACAAAUAAUAAAUUGAAUAGAGUCAGUAUUCAUUAAAACAAGUAAAUCAUAUAAGUUAGUUUAUAGAUUGAAGAGAAGGUUAGAAUUUAUGAAAGUGAAAGGGAAAUUCAGUCAAGAUAAGUGUUGUAAGUGAAACAGGAAUAAGUCACAACAUAGAAUAAACUUAGAGUUUUGGAAGACAUUCAUUCCCUAAUCAAAAUGCAUAAAAAAAUUUGA